CGUGAGCCUUGGUCAUUCGGAAUUGGGGUGAUGUUCUCUGGAGGAGCAAGGGAGCUGCCCGGUGGGCCGUCGCUUCCCUUCGCGGAGGCGGGAUCUUGAAAGCCCUGAUCUUCGCGGCGUCUUGGUGGAGACGCGAGCGCAAGGGUUGCAGAGAACAGCUCGGGGGCUCGCCUGGGGAGCUGCCGCCGAGCCAUGGUGAAAAUCGGCUCCCAGCCGGUUACAGUUGUGCUUAAGCCGGAGAAGAAGGCGGCGGUUGCAGCCAGCUAUGGGGCCAAAGCAGGAGGCCUCCUCCUGUCCCAGGACGCGGAGAAGCAGCCCUUGUCUUUGCUGCUGCGGAGCUGGAGAUCUCUUCCUUACAUCUUCUUCUUGGCCCUGGGGCUUAUGCUGUUGCUGCUCGGCCUGAUUUUAACAUCGACAUACAUCUACAGAUAUUUAUCUCUUACUCACUCAGUUGCUCACAUGGGUAUGGAUAUGCAAAGGCCAGAGUAUUACGAUGAUGAGGAAGGAGGAUUGGAGUGUGACUACUUUGAAUUUGAUGAUUCCUCUGAAAUCAGGACAGUGUAUGAGGAUGUGAAGAUAUACCUUGGAGAGGAUUAUGAAUUGAUCAGCAUCCCAAGACCCAACAUUGGUCAUCCUGCUGAUAUUAUCCAUGAUUUUCAGCAGGGAUUGACAGCUUAUUAUGAUCGAGUAGUAAAUAAAUGCUACAUUGGUGAGCUGAAUACUACUAUUGUCAUGCCACUUAAGCAUUUCUGGGAGCUGAAGCUUAAUAUAAAGAAAGGGGAAUACUUGCCACAAACCAACAUGAUCCAGGAAGAGAGGAUAGUGAUAGAACAUGUCACUGACUCAGAUCUGUUUGGCUCCUAUAUUCAUAAACUCUGCCAAGGCACAGAAACCUUCAGAUUGGACCAUAGGAUCACAAGAAGACAUGUCCAUCAACGAGCUACUGAAAAGUGUCAUCACAUUCGCCAUUUUGCAAAUACUUUUGUGGUCGACACAGCAAUUUGUCAGCCAUUGUGAGAACUGCCACUCAGAUGUUUUUGCAUCCUGGGCUUUACUUCUCUUUCUUUCUUUGUUAUUAAGAAAAAAAUGUGCCUUCCAUUGUCUGUUUAUUACUAAAUUGUUAAGUUACUUGUGUGUGACACUGGGCCAGUGCUUAAUUUAUAUAUAAAUCCUCAGUAACUUUUCUGUAGUGGCAACUGGCAUAAUAAUCCCUUUUCAGAGUACAUGAUGUCCUUUGAGAUGUCUAGAGAUAGAAACAGAUAAAGAAAAAAAGAAAAAAAAUC